AUGUCGACGUACCAGAAAGCAGUGAUUGGCGCCCUCGGGGCGGUGGGCACUUCAUACGCCGCCUAUAAGCUGAUGUUCCCGUGGCUAGCUCUAGAUUCCAAGGACAUUGCCAUAAAGGAAAAGUUAAUGGAACUUUUCACCAAAGGCGUGGAAAACAAGUUGUUCAUCAUAGAGAGGUUUGAGCGUCAUGUUGCUGAGAACCCAGACAAGUACUUCGUUAUUUUCGAAGACAGAUUAUACACAUAUCAGCAGGUGGAUGAAGAGGCCAAUAAAAUGGCACGAGUUGUAAAGACGUGGAAUCUUCAGAAAGGAGACGUUGUGGCCUUGUAUAUGAGAAAUGAGCCAGCAUUUCUGUGGACAUUUCUGGGUUUUCAGAAGUUGGGUAUUCCUGUCAGUCUUCUCAAUUGCAACUUGACGCAUACGCCCUUGGCUCACAGUAUAAAUGUGUGCGACGCUAAAGCUAUUGUCUGUAGUGGAGACCCAGACUUGAUAAACGCCUUAGGAGAGAUCCGGUCGUCUAUAUCUGGGAUUCCAGUUUACGUUCACGGGACAGACAGCAGUUCUCUCCCCUCGUCCUUCACCUCGCUGUCGGAACUUGUGGCCACAGUGCCUGGAGACCAAACACCCAAGGAAUGGCGGACACAAAUUCAAAACUACGAUCCUCUUGCUUACAUCUACACAUCAGGGACUACAGGUCUGCCGAAACCUGUUCUGCUGACUCAACUGAAGGGUAUCGGCGUGGGCGAAGUUCUGAGGGCACAGGCAAACCUUUCGGAUAAAGACAUCAUGUAUACCUGUCUGCCCCUCUACCACUCCUCAGGAUUCUUUCUGGGGAUAUUGAACGUGAUUACUACAGGGGGGACUUGCGUUCUCAGACGGACCUUCUCCGCGUCUCACUUCUGGGAGGAUUGUCGUAAACAUAAAGUCACCGGUUUCCAGUACAUUGGGGAGUUGUGUCGGUUUCUACUUCUCAGACCGCCAGCCUGGCGGGAUAACUUCUCACAGAUCCUAGUGAAGUUUGAUCUGGCCACGGCGGAACCAAUGAGGGACAAAAACGGCAGAUGCAUCCGAGUGAACCAGGCCUGCUGCUUACGGCCUUCCCGCCCUUCGCCCUUCAUUAAGCCGGAUGAUAUUUACCUGGGAGAUAAGAAGAAUGUGGAAAAGAAGCUGGUCCGUGACGUCAUGGUUAAGGGAGACAUUUACUUUAACUAUGGGGACAUUCUCUACCAGGAUAAAGAUUACUUCGUCUACUUCACUGACCGGAUAGGGGACACGUUCAGAUGGAAGGGUGAGAAUGUGUCCACAUUAGAAGUCGCUAAUGUUUUGUCCACGCUGGAUUUUGUACUGGAUGCCAAUGUAUACGGCGUGACGGUGCAGGUGUGA